AAUGUAUUCAAUAAUCUAAGUUGUCAUAACUGGGCGCGUCAUUCGUGCUUUGCCCGAGUGGAGGUUUGAUGGGGAAACAUUAUCUCCACCUUGGUAUGCAUGGCAAGAUUGAGCUGAAACUCAGGAGCACCAAAUCGGACUUAGGCUAUUUCUGUGAGAAAGGGUGAUGGCUGUAGAACCUGGGCCAGAGCCAGCUGAAGAGAAUACAAUGGAUGUGGAACCAGGACCAGAUGCUGUGGACAUCACAGAGAAGAAAGAUGGAGGAGUGCUGAAGGAGACAUUAAAAGAAGGAGGAGGAAAUGAACAUCCAUUACAGGGAGACCGCGUCUUCGUUCAUUACGUGGGGACACUUGCAGAAGAUGGGUCCAAGUUCGACUCGAGCAGAGACAGAAAUGAACAGUUCGAGUUCACUCUUGGCAAAGGUGAAGUCAUUAAAGCAUGGGAUUUAGGUGUUGCAACAAUGAAAAAAGGAGAGAUAGCGAAAUUUACCUGCAGAAGCGAGUAUGCAUACGGAGAACGAGGUAGCCCACCAAAGAUUCCACCAAAUGCCACUCUGAUUUUUGAGGUUGAGUUAUUUGAAUGGCGUGGUGAAGACCUCAGUUCAAAGAAGGAUGGAGGUAUAAUUCGAAGAAUUAUGGCUGAAGGAGAGGGUUAUCAAACGCCAAAUGAUGGGGCAAUUGUCGAUGUACAUGUGGUUGGCAAGGUGAAUGGCACUUCGUUUGAUGACAGAGAGGUACAGUUCCCAUUGGGUGAAGGAACAGAACACAACAUUCCAGAGGGCCUUGAAAGGGCUUUAGAAAGAUUUAAAAAGGGUGAAAAGUCUACAAUCAAAUUGGCCCCAAAGUAUGCCUUUGGGUCAGCUGGCAACCCAGAUCUGAAUGUACCGCCUGGGGCAUCUUUAGAGUAUGAGGUCGAGUUGCGCAGUUUUGAAAAGGCAAAAGAAUCUUGGGAAAUGGACCAAGAGGAGAAAAUUGAACAGGCGAAGGUGUGCAAGGAACGAGGAACAACAUUCUUCAAGCAGAAUAAAUAUCGGCUAGCAGUAAAACAGUACAAGAAGAUCAUUGAUCUCCUACAGUAUGAUUCAGGCUUGGACGAUGAAAAGAAAGCUGAGAGUCACUCGGUUCUCCUUGCCGGACAUCUUAAUCUUGCAAUGGCCUACCUGAAGCUGAAUGACAACUCUCAUGCAAGAGAACAUGCCACCAAGGCGCUAGAGCUGGACAGUACCAGUGUCAAAGGUUAUUUUAGAAGAGGGCAGGCGUAUUUAAACAUGGGUGAUGCGGAGCAAGGGCAACUUGACUUUCAGGCGUGUCUUAAGUUAGACGAAAGCAACAAAGCAGCAAAGCAUCAGUUACAGCUGUGUGCAGCGAAGAUUAAGGCCGACAAACUGAAGGAGAAGAAACUGUACGGAGGCAUGUUCGAAAAGUUUGCAAGAAUGGACAAAGCUAAAGAGGAAGCGGAGUACAACAGAUACAAGGAUGUGAUGGCAGGUGAUCUUGGGGAAUGGGGUAAUUCAGAGGAAAAGAGUGACUCGGGCAAGAGUGAGAAGAAAGAAAAUUUUACAAAUGCAAGCGAUGAUCCUAGUAGGAAUGCUCUGUCAGGAUUGGGUGACAUUGAAGGCGUUCAGAUGCUCUAAGGCUGACAGCUUGUUCUCAGUUAAUCUACUCACACAUAUGCAGUGGUUUCAUAUAUUUACUUUGGACUCAGUUGCAUUUUGUUUCAACAUUUGACUGUCUUUUGUAAACAUUGUUGUCCCUUUACAGAUUAUUUGGUCACAACUUAGUGUUUGUAAAUUAGGUAGGUAAAUGGAUUUGUGAUAUGUGACUCCAAAUUAUCAGAUAAGGUUGGUUGUUAUUGUAGCCUUAAAUCAAGUGUAUAUUCAAAUCACUAGCAACAAGUCAGAUGUCACACUUAAGUGCCCUUUUUCAGUUUCAUUUUUAGGACAAAAACAAACAUUCCAGGAAAAUAUGAGAAUUUGAUAACCAUAUCAUUUAAGAGGACUGAAUAGUUAUUAUUGCUUAUAUGAAACACCAGUAAUCCCUACUGCUUUUGUAUUUGUUAGUUUAAUUUCUGUUCAUAAAGGGCAUUCAUGUUAAAGACAUAUACACCUGUAUUUUGAUUCCAGGUGAAUGACAAUAUGAGCAUGUCAUUCCUCUUCUGUUAGAGGCAUAAUAUAUUCCAAUAGCUCUUAA